AGAGUUACUACUCUCAUUUCAGCGCUUUACUUCGGGUUGUUCAUGCUCUUUUCUCUUCUCUCUCUCUCUCUCUUUCUCUCUCUCUAUUCUCAGAUUCAGAUCAUCAUCAUUCGUCUCCUCCACCACCUCCCCCAACAAUCUCCGAACCCCCCACCCAAAACCCACGUCGAAUCUCCCCGCGGCGACCCUCGGGGACCUUAAAAAUCGCAUCUUUCCCCACGACCAGGUCCACCCUCCUUCCUUAUCCUUCCCGAGCUUGCUCCGCAAAUUCUCGUUUUCGCGCGCCUUCUCCAUGGCAAUGUCAAGGCGAAUCCCUCUCGGGACGCCGCGUGACCGCCGCGUGUUUUCGUGAAUUCAAUGCAGGUCGAUGGUGGGCGGCGGCGCGGGAGGAGUGGACGUGAGGAGCGCGCGCGUUGGUGGGAUUCGCCGCGGCGCCGGCAUGCACGCGUAGGCGGGGGCGGCUCGGCUCGGCUCGGCUCGGCUUUUUGUACGUGGUGGGGCGUUUCGAGAAUGGCGAAUCAGGUGGUGGUGCGGGUGAGGAGGGAGGAGAUUGCGGCGUGCAUGACGUGCCCCCUCUGCGACGGCCUCCUCAGGGACGCCACCACCAUCUCCGAGUGCCUCCAUUCGUUUUGCAGGAAAUGCAUAUAUGACAAGAUCUCCGAGGAGGAACUUGAAUGCUGUCCAAUAUGCAACAUUGAUCUAGGCUGUGUGCCACUGGAGAAACUGCGGCCUGAUCACAACUUGCAAGAUGUGAGGGCAAGGGUUUUCCCUUUCAAAAGAAGAAAAGUUAAGGCGCCUGAAUCUGUCCCUUCAACAACCUUACCUAUUAGAAGGAAAGAGAGAUCUUUGUCCCAGCUGGUUGUCAACACACCGAAAGUAUCAUCACAGACUACUAUGACUGGUAAAAGAACAAAAGCGACUGCAAGGAAAGCUUCUGUUCUGCAAGGAUCUAAUUUUUCCAUUGAAAAAGUCGUUAAGAAGGAAGAAGAUUCUGCAGGUGAUCGUCCAGAAAGCUCAAGCUCCCCCGAGACUCUAAGCAAGUUUGCGCAGAACAUUAGGCAGGGUUUUACUUCCAGUGAGCUUAGUCAGACUGUGCCUGAAAGAGGAACUGGUGAUGAAGGAAAAGCAGAUCUCUGGAAGCCAUUGCAUUAUCUAGUGGAAGUUGCUAAUAGGACUAAACCUUCGAGGGCCAGUUUGCAAGGAGCUGAGCGAGUCCUUGCAAUUGAAGCUCCAUUACCUGGUAAUAAAAUUAAGAACAAUAAAUUCAAGGUGAAAGUCCAGGACGAGAAAAACGACACUAGUCCGGCAUCUACAGAAGUAUCGAGACCAAAAAGAUUACGUAAGAUUCGUCAAAAAAGGACUGCAGUUUCUGGAGAAUCGGGCAUUUCACCUCAGGAUGUGCUCAAUGCAGCUGGCACCAAAUGUGAACCAAGAACUCGUCCAAUCUGGUUUUCACUUGUAGCUUCUGAAGAUCAGGAAGGAGAUGCACCGCUGCCACAAAUCCCUGCAAGCUACUUAAGAAUAAACAAUGACUUGAAACAAGGAUGGACAUCAAGCCAUAGCAACUGGCCAGAUUUAUCAAAUAACCAAUGUGUUGUAGUGUUGACAUGACGAAAUUGUUAUUACAGGUACAAGUGCUGGACUAGCCACAUUCAUAUUGUUGACGUUUAGAAAUGUGACUACAGUUUCUUAUUCUUUCCUAUCCAUCCGUCAUGCUCUCUUUGAUCCAGCUGGAUGAAUAUGGUUUAUCUAUAUCAAUUACACUGGCCACAUGCUUUUUAUUUAGUGUUUUAUGGGGGUUGGGGUGGUAGACAUGGCAGGAAACAGGUUAUGCGCUGUAAAUUCACAAUCCUGAAUCUUGUUUGUUUGCCAAUCAAACAAACUGCAUCAGCAUGUCUGAACCCGGGUAACAGAGAGACGAUGCGGGCUUCAUAGGAAGAAUAGAUUACACAAUUAGCCACGUGGAAACCAUAUGACAAGUUCAUGUGAUAGAGUGGUUCAACCUUAUUUUUGAAGUUUCAUUCUGUUAAGUGGGUGAUAAUGGUUCCACCCAGAGCAUUGUAUCUGUUGUCUUCACAUGUCAAGUUGGUCUUAGGAGAAUUCCUUCUCUGUGAAUGUGUUAUCUAAAAUGUUUUUGUUCAUUAUGAGGCUUCAUGCAGUUCUUACGGAUAAUUUUCUGUCUAAAAGGAUAGGAUGGUCUGUUGAAGGAGCAGUAUCAACUCUGAAAUGUCGAAUGCUGUGAUGGUCUAGAUAACAUUAUUUUUGUGCUUAUAUGAUGUGGCAGUGGCUAUAUGUAAUCUCGUGCGGUAUUUUAUUGUGUAUGUUCAUGCAUGUCAUUUCUCACGGUUUUGGACGCAACUACUGGGGUUCUCUCAUGGACAAACAUCCCUGUGUUCCUUUCUCUUCUGGGGAACUGAAUUGCUGUGGUUGUUGUGCAUUCUAGUUGCGACAAUCACGCAUUGUGCAAAGCUCAACUGUAGUUCUUUCUGCAAAGUACCUGUGAUGAAUGAUUUGGUAGAAUGCUUGUUGUUUCGGACAUUUGCACUAUGGGUCUUUAUAUGGUCAUCCUCGACCCAUUUAAUAACUACCCUUUUACCAGCUACUUUGGAUGAUUUCUUUUUGAAUUUCUUUUCUCUCACUUCGAUUCAUGACUUGAUUGAUCUUUGAUAGGAUUUUAAAACUAUACUCCAGGAAAUUUGAAGUAUGUACUUGCAAACUG